UCCCUAAAUCGCAGAGGGGGAGAGGAGGGUGUGUGGGACUAGCUGCUCCUGACAGAAGGAUGCUGCAGCUGAGCCUGUCCUGGCUGGGCCUCGGGCCGGUGGCAGCGUCCCCGUGGCUGCUCCUGCUGCUGGUCGGGGGCUCCUGGCUCCUGGCCCGUGUCCUGGCCUGGACCUAUGCCUUCUAUGACAACUGCCGCCACCUCCAGUGUUUUCCGCAACCCCCGAAACAGAGCUGGUUUUGGGGACACCAGGGCCUGGUCACUCCCACGGAAGAGGGCGUGAAGAAGUUCAUCCAGUUGGUGGCCACCUAUCCCCAGGGCUUUAAGUUUUGGAUGGGUCCUACCUUUCCCUUCCUCACUUUAUGCCACCCUGACACCAUCCGGCCUAUCACCAGUGCCUCAGCUACUGUGGCACCCAAGGAUAUGUUUUUCUAUGGCUUCCUGAGGCCCUGGCUGGGGGAUGGGCUCCUGCUGAGUGGUGGUGACAAGUGGAGCCGCCACCGUCGCAUGCUGACUCCUGCCUUCCAUUUCAACAUCCUGAAGCCUUAUAUGAAGAUUUUCAACAAGAGUGUGAACAUCAUGCAUGACAAGUGGCAGUGCCUGGCCUCAGAGGGCAGCGCCAGACUGGAUAUGUUUGAGCACCUCAGCCUCAUGACCUUGGACAGUCUGCAGAAAUGCGUCUUCAGCUUUGAAAGCAAUUGUCAGGAGAAGCCCAGUGAAUAUAUUGCCGCCAUCUUGGAGCUCAGUGCACUUAUAGAAAAAAGAAACCAGCAUAUUCUCUUGUACCCGGACUUCCUGUAUCAUCUCACUCCUGAUGGGUGGCGCUUCCGCAGGGCCUGCCACCUGGUGCAUGACUUCACAGAUGCCGUCAUCCAGAAGCGGCGCCGAACCCUCCCCACUCAGGGUAUUGAUGAUUUCCUCAAGAACAAGGCAAAGUCCAAGACUUUGGACUUCAUUGAUGUGCUUCUGCUGAGCAAGGAUGAAGAUGGGAAGGAGUUGUCUGAUGAGGACAUAAGAGCAGAAGCUGACACCUUCAUGUUUGAGGGCCAUGACACCACAGCCAGUGGUCUCUCCUGGGUCCUAUACCACCUCGCACAGCACCCAGAAUACCAGGAACGCUGCCGGCAAGAAGCGCGAGAGCUUCUGAAGGACCGUGAACCUGUUGAGAUUGAAUGGGAUGACUUGGCCCAGCUGCCCUUCCUGACCAUGUGCAUUAAGGAGAGCCUGCGGCUGCAUCCCCCAGUUCCUGCCGUCUCCCGAUGCUGCACCCAAGACAUUGUGCUUCCGGAUGGCCGGAUCAUCCCCAAAGGCAUUACCUGCAUCAUCAGUAUUUUUGGGAUCCAUCACAACCCAACUGUGUGGCCAGACCCUGAGGUCUAUGACCCCUUCCGCUUCUACCAAGAGAACAUCAAGGAGAGGUCACCUCUGGCUUUUAUUCCCUUCUCGGCAGGGCCCAGAAACUGCAUUGGGCAGGCGUUCGCCAUGGCUGAGAUGAAGGUGGUCCUGGCACUCACGCUGCUGCGCUUCCGCAUCCUGCCGACCCAUCUUGAGCCCUGCAGGAAGCCGGAGCUGGUAUUGCGUACAGAGGGUGGACUUUGGCUGCGGGUGGAGCCCCUGGGUGUGAACUCACAGUGACUGUCCUACCCACCCACCCACCUUUGUAGAUUCCCAGGAAUAAAACUAUGCUGACACUUCU